GCGCGGCAGUGCGACCGCAAACGUCACGCGCGCUCCCGCGCUCUGCCCUCCCGACUGACCACAGACAACAAUAAACAAAAAUGAGCCAUUCAUUGUUAACUUUUAUCAAGAAAGUUUUUCCAAUGAAAAUCUCUUCACGCGAUUUAUGACAAGGAAAGUAAUUAUUAAUAAAAUACGACAGAUUUCGAGCGUUACGCUAAUAACUUGGAUUUUCUAAAAUACCACGGAUAGCAGUUUUGUACGAACGGUUACGGAUAAAAGAUGUGUUUUUUAAACGUGCUGCGUUUGCAUGUAUCUCAGAGUCAACGGCAGAAGCGGCUUUACAAGCAGUAUAUGGAGCAAUUGGCGGGGGCGUACGUUGAGAAGUGUACAGAUUUGACGAUGCACUGGGACUCCAUGUAUAAUUACCGUUUGGCCACACCGGAAUGGCGGUAUCCGCUCCCUCGCGAAGACCACUGGGGUGACACAGAUGGCACUCGAUCAUGUUUUACCGAAUCCGACAGUGGGCGAUAUUCAUCCCCCUGUUGUUCGGAGGUGAUUUUCAACGGUGGCCAACAUUUUAGCGGCAAGGGACAUUCAUGUCAUGCUAUAUGUUAUCCUGGAAACUUCGGGAGCGGAAGACUUGCUGUCGAGGGUUGGUGGUGCGGUCGCGCAAUGCCGGGCGGAGGCCGGGCCAACAACGGAGCCCUGGCGCUCCACUACGCGGCCGCGAGGGGCUGUCUUGACUGCGUGCGGCUUUUGGCUAACACUACACCUGAUGUAUCCGCGAACACGGCAAUGGACAAUGACGUCACACCCGUGUACCUAGCUGCACAAGAGGGACAUCUAGCGGUGCUCAAGUACUUGGUGCUGGAGGCUGGAGGGCGGCUGGACGCGAGGGCGCGUGAUGGAAUGCUGCCUAUACACGCGGCGGCGCAGACGGGCUGUUUGGAUUGCGUUAAAUGGAUGAUCGUUGAGCGUGGUGUCGACCCGAAUGCCAGAGACGGGGAUGGCGCGACUCCACUGCAUUUUGCAGCAUCACGAGGGCAUCUGGCGACGGUUCGCUGGCUGUUACGGCAUGGCGCCAGGCUGCAUUUGGACAGGCAUGGGAAGAGUCCCAUCAACGAUGCAGCUGAGAAUCACCACUUAGAGUGUUUGAACGUACUGGUGGCUGCGGGUGCGGCUGGAGAGAACAAGCAACUGUCUUCGUAUAAAGCAGUGCAUGCCUGCGCCUGCACACCUGGAGAAGCACGUUGCGCCUUAACCGGUUGCGUGAACGCGAACUCCCGCUCCCCCUUCUUCCUGCACGGGCCUGAGCGCGAGAGGAGCUCCCCCCGCGAGAGGAGGGGCUCCGUGUCCACGGUGGGCUCGGUCGGCUCGGCGCGCUCGGGGCCCGCGGACGGCCUCUACGUGAACCCCAUGCAGAGGGCGGCGCACCACGCGUCUUCCGGAGAGGAGAGUUCAGAUCACACAAGCAAGCAUUCCACAGCGUGCUCCGCGUCGGACGCGGACACGGCGUCCGGCUGGUUCCUGCACGGGUCCAGCGGCGGUGGGGCCCCGGCCGCGCUGUAUCAGCGGGUCCGGGACCUGUUUCAUGCACGAUCGCCGGGGCCCCGGGGGCCCGCUGAGGGUCAGGAGGCGCCUACUGUUACAGUAAAAGCUGAGAUCCACGGCGUAAAGGAAGUGACGCCGGUCCAAGAGCAAUCAGACAGCGACAGCGGAGCGGAGGCGACGCGACGCGACCACCACUAUGAGGAUAUAUAUCUUGCGAGAGAAGAACAUCAGAGGAGGAGGAGUAGUUCCCGGGACUCCGGCAGCCACAGCCGGCCGGGCAGCGCGGCGCUCGUUGUUGAUUACGAUACUAAAGAUAAUGACACAUCGAGCAAAAACUACGAAGAGGUAUCACCACCGCCGUCGGAGACGCAUACGAAAUCAACUAUCGCCACCAAACUCGCUGCGCUCACGCAUAAAGCGCAGAACUUUGUAAGUAGCGUUUCAGGGGGGAGGCGCGACUCGUCCGCAGACGACGAGCGACCGCGCGGGCCGAACCUCGUGAACAAGCAACCGGCGCUGCCGUUCGUGCCACCCGCGUUCCCGCACAACGCGCCGGACCGGCUCAUCAAACCCUCGGAGUAUUUGAAGACAAUCACGGCGCCCUGCAAGCGGGACGACAGCGCGGCGGAGGCCCGGCCGCCCGCGCCCCCGCCCGCGCCCGAGCCCAUCCCCCCGCCGCCGCCGCAGCCCCCGCUGGCCCACCAGCCUCUGGCGGCCAUCAGCAGCGCGGAGCUGACGGCCGUGCGCCUGAAGACGACGGUCACCAAAACCCUCUCGGCGCCGCCCACCCGCUCCGUCAGCCUGCAGUGCUUGCCGAGCGCGGCGGAGAUAUACAAAAACGCGAAGACAGACCUAAUAGAGGAGCUGAAGAUGUCCAAGGAUAUCACGGGGAUCAAGAAGCUGAAGGUGGAACGCGCCAGGCGUGAGAGCCUGCAGGACAAGGAGACGUUUACGGAAUUCACAAAGCGGUUCACGGCCGACAACUUUGUUGAUCAGGUCCCUGAGCGCGACGCGGCUGGCAACGUGAUACCGGCGUGGAAGCGGCAGAUGUUGGCGCGGAGAGCCGCGGAAAAGGCGCGGAGAGAUCUGGAGAGAGAGCUCGCGGGCGAGGCAGAGAGACGGAGAGCCGCCGCCGUGCCCGCGUGGAAGAGGCAGCUGUUGGCGCGGAGGGAGGAGGCGGAGAAUAGAUUGCGACAAUCACUAUACACACCGAAAGUGGAGGACAGCAACUGCGUGACAGAGCGAGAGAGGGAGAGGGAGCGCGAGCGAGAGAGAGAGGGAUGGCGAGCCCUCGGCGGCGGACGCGCAGUUUCUAUAGACAAUAUCACGUUGUGCUAUGACGCGCCGCCGCCGCCUGCGCGCGCACCCUCGGAGAUGAAGCUCUCUACAGAACAUUGUAAUGGACACGCAACAACGAACGGCAAACACGACGUCGAGGAAGAAAGCGCAAAAAUAAUCCCGUGGAGAGCUCAACUGCGCAAAACUAACAGCAAACUCAACUUACUCGAAUAGCUGUAAUGCUUUUGUUAGUGUUUUAUUAUUAGCCUAAAGGAAACUAGAAUAUAUUUUCGGUUCUAGAAGGUUGUAUGUCGUCGACAUUUAAAACGCUUAGAUAUUCCAAACGAAGGCGGAGUAGACAGAGCGUGAAGGAAUGAAGGAAUUAGAAAUUUAUUGAAAUAUAUUUAAUAUACGAAUUACAGUACUGGAAUACUUACGAAAAAGUUUAUUACAGAAUGAAAAAAAAAAAGAUUUAAGUUUCGUUUUAAUAAAAGCUCAUUUACAAAAGAAUUUAAUAAUGUAUUCAUGAAUUAGGUGUGUAGCGAAGAUAUUGUUCGAAACUGGUGCUCAUAGUAUGUAAUAAAAGAUAUUUAUGUGAAUGCUCACAAUAUUUUAAGUGCUUAACAAAGUAUGUUAUCAAUUUUUCUGAACACAUAAGAUCUGAAAUACACUAUUUUUGUUUGUUUAAAUAUAGGAAAAAUAACUCAAAAAAUAUCAAUAAUUUUGUCUUAUUUUUAUACCUUGGACAAUCUAAGGCGUAAAAAUUUCAACUGUCCAUUUUGUUUUCGUAUUUUCUAUCGAUUAGGUAGCUAGCUAUAUGUAGCGUUAACAAAGCAAUGUAAAAAUGUACUUAC